UCACGGAGUAAAGUACUUCAAACAUCUAAGGAUAAAGGGGUAAAAAGUGUACAAAUAGAGCUCCCCUCGGUCCUUUGGUGAGGAUCCUAGCGAGAUUGCCAAUUUGAGUCUCCAAGUUUUGAAGAAUCGCUUGAUGACUUCUUAGACCCGCCUCAACCGAAGAAAACUUGGUUGUUGGUAUAUCCAUGAAUUGCUUAAUCUUCUCAAACUUCUGAGAAGUUGUACUCACAAAGGUGGUAACUAGGUCUUCAAGUUUUGCAAACUUGUCGGGUUGUUGUUGUUGGUACCCUUGACCACCUUGCACUUGGAAUGGUUGUUGGAAGUUCGAGCCUUGAAAUUGUAGCCUUUGUUGAAUGAAAUGAGGCCUUGGUUGAUAAUUUCCCAUUGGUCCUUGGAAAACGGGGGGUCUUGGAUUGUUUGGGGAAGACCAAGAGAAGUUCGGAUGGUUUCGCCACCCCAGGUUGUAAGUGUUGCUAUAAAAGUUGUUGUUCCCCCAAGCAUAAGCGAUGAAGCUCACUUGCUCCUCCGGUGUGCUUCCUUCCUUCAUUGAUUGGCACUCUGAAAUCUCAUGGUUGGUACUUAAACACCAAUCACAGGCCAUCAACAACUUUUUCCCUUGCUUCUUGUCUUCAUGAAGAGCAUCAAUCAACUAGUUAAUCUUGGCGACAAGUGGAGGACUCACUUCUAUGGAGUGUACUCCUCUCUUGGCAUCCCUUACAUCACUUCUCAUCAAACCCCAAUCAUCUCGCCAUAUCUUCUAGCAAUUGGGUUAGUUUGGGUGGAGUCUUGUUGAUAACGAUGUAAUUGCACAUAUUUGCGCCCCUAGUUCUUAUCCGUUUGAGGGGCAUAGUCGUGUACUUUUGGCCUAUUUUACGCCGGGUUGUGCUAUUUUGUCAUAUUUCAGGUCCCAGGCGUCAAAGGAAAGGCUAAGCACGAGUUUCGGGGCAUUCGGAAGUCAUUUCGUCGAGCUGGAGCCAAAACACGGGCACACCUAAUUCAUUACACGGCCGUGUUCUCCCAAAGCACGGCCGUGUUCUCUCCAAAACACGGCCGUGUUCUGUGGCCGUGCUUUUACUGCCGAGAGCUAAUUCGAGUUUGGCAAACAUGAGCUGAUUACACGGGCUGAAAGCACGGCCGUGGUCUCCCAAAGCACGGCCGUGUUCUCUCCAAAGCACGGCCGUGUUUCUCCCAAUGCACUGGCCGUGUAAUUAACCCUAGCCAAAGCACGGGCGGGCUGAUGCAUUACACGGCCGUGCCCUCGACCGUGCUUUGGCCACUGAUGCCCUUUUAAGCAGAUUUUCAGCCAAAAGGAAAGGGGAGAGCUGGGUUUUGGAUCCCAAACACCCAAGGGACGAACCAAAGAGAGAGAGGGCGAUUUGAGGGCAUUCUUGGAGUGGAAUUGGAGGAUUUCUUUGCCUUGGAAGCUCGAGGAAGAAGCCCGGACUUGAAGACUGAUCAUCUGAAGAUUCUUACUGCAGUCUCUCUCUUCUCUAUGGAGUAACUUCCCUUCACUUAGGUUUUGAGGAACCCUAGCUAUGUUUGUUUGAUUGGAUGAUUGUAUGAGUACUCUGACUUGAUUAUCUUGAGUUCAUAUUCAAUCUAUGCAUGUUUUCAUGAUUCAAUUCUGCUUUAGUCGAGAUUAUUGAUUCUGCUUUGAUCCUAUGAGAGGGAAUACCUGAUUAGGUCAAUAGAGCACCAUAGAUUGAUAGUAGUGGAUCGAUUGCUUUAGUCGAGGGUUGAUUCACUGCUUUGUAUCGAUUGAGAACCUCUUUCGAUAGAGGGAGUCUAGUUCAGAACGCCUUGAUCAGUUGUUCUAGAGAAGGAUACGUCCCUCUAGGCAAUUGACUCAAGAGGGCCUUGUUCCUUUAGUCGAGACUCAAGGUCUAGUCAAGGAUUCUCCGCAUUGUGAAUGAAAGUGAAACAAGUUAGAAAUCAUCAAUCGUUAGUCUGGCUAGUGGCUAGGGGGAAUCAUACCUAAGUGAGUUCCCAACCUGUAAUUAGAUUAACUUUAACUGUAGUUUGCUAGAGUAGUUUUAGUUCUUUCAUCUUGAUCUGGUUUGCUAAAUAAUAAACUGAAGCUGAGUAAUAGUAACUCUAGAGACCCGUGGAUUCGAUAUUUAUCACUUGAGCCACUAUACUGCAGUCCCUUCCAUUGGUUACGCUUGGCCAUUGUUAGGUGUUGUGUCACAGCGAGUCAAGUUUUUGGCGCCGUUGCCGGGGACUUUCUAGAGUAUUAGGAAAGGCAGAAGUUUGUUACUUUAGCGUUUUUCUUUUCUUUUCUUUUCCACCCUUGCUUUUCACUUGGGUGUUUUUGUUUUUGUUGGUGCAGAUCUGAAUCAUGGAUCCUAAUGGCUUCUCCAAUCAUUGGGGGUAUCCACCACCAUCCGGGUGGUAUUAACCGAUACCCCCUGGCGCAAUCAAGUAGGAGAAGACUAUGGAUUCGGGUUCCAGUACCAACCCCCUUACUACGGAGAACAACCGGACCACUGGGCAUAUCAAGAACAACCUCAUUACCAAGAAGAAUUUCUCCCACAACCAGAAGGGCCAUUGGAGCUGGAGUUACCCAUGGAGGCCUUCACGGGCCAUUCUGCAGAGCCAUGCUACACUCCACAGCCAGAUCCACACUAUGAAUUGAGGCUUCUCAUGGAGAGAUCAUGCUCCAGGAUGGAUCAUUGUGUCCAGGCCUAUCGUGAAACAGAGGAGAUCCUCCUGAGCCUUAAGAAGAGCGUCGAUGAUCUUGAGCGAUCUUGGGCGCAACCUGCUCCAGAUCACCCUUCUGCUACCAUACGAGAAGAGGAGCACACUGAAGUUGUCACGGAGAGCUCCCGUGAUGAUCAUGAUCAGGAGUGUCAUGUCGUAGCCGACCGCACCUUCCCACACCCCAAACUGAGCUUUGAAGAGGCGGGCAUGAGUGAGGAGAUGCAAGAAGAUCUCAUGAAAGAAAUUGCUUGGCAACUUGCUCUCCAAUCCGUGCUAGAAGAAGAAGAAGAGCAAGAAAGGGUGCAGAAAGAAGUUGUGGAGGAUGACGAAAGUGAAGCUGGAGGAGUUCUUGAUCAUUUCCCAGGGGUGAUACCACAUGAAGAAGGAAGGGAGGUUGAAGAAGCAAUUGGCGUCCAGGCUGAGGACGAAGUUGAGGUGGAAGAGGCUUGCACCGGCCAUGAGUUGCAAGUGAUAUCCCCACCAAACUUUGAGGAACUGCUUAGCAAGGACCCAUUUGCAGUGUUUCUUUGCCGGACCAAAGCCACAUCGAAAUCGGUCCCUCUUGGUGGACGCGAUGGUGGCCAAUCGAUGCUGUCAUAUCUGGUUUGGGGCAAUGAGACGAGAGAAGAGAAGAAGAGGUCUCGAGGGUGGAGACUUCAUCUGCAUCAAGUACAUGAGCCUUCAUCACCUGCCACACCACAUGCUCGUGACUUGAGACUCCUCCUCAUCGACGAGAACCUCAACUUCAAGGAGGUUCUAGCAUGGACCAAAACUUAGAAGCCAUCGUCUGGCUCACGACGUGAAAGAAGCGCUUGUUGGGAGGCAACCCAACAGUCGGUUUGCAUUUCUUUCUCUAUUUCUCCUCGGUUGAGUCAGUUUUGUUAUUUGAUUUUAGAGUCAAUAACUCAACCUUUGUGAGAUUUUGUGUGGUGUUUGUGUUCUGAUUACUCUCUCUUUCUGGAAUGCACCGCCUGACCCGUUCAUCAUCAUUCACCCUUGAUCUGGUAACUUCCUUCUACCCUCCUUAUCUUUCCUCCAUUGAGGACAAUGUCGUGCUUAAGUGUGGGGGGAUGUUCGAUUAUUUAUGCGGGUGAAUGUUUGGCGGUUUGUGUGCUUGGAGCCAAGUCCACUGUCCAAAUUUUUAAAUUUGAGGGCUCCAAGUACGUGUUCCUUGCAAUUGCCUGCUCAGUAUGCUUUGAAUUGACAGUCCUUUUAGUAAUAUGCAACCUAGGGAGGUAGUGUAGCACUAUGGAGGAUGUUGAUGCAUUUAAGAAGUCUCAUUUCUUCUUCAUAUUGUGUUGGUUGAUUGAGUGAAUUAGUGAUCUUAGGACCCUUGAAUUGUGUGGUGUUGUGGAUUCUCUGCCUGUCAUGGACUCUUGUAUCAUGCUUUGAAAAUAACAGGUGCUCGAAAAUGUGCUUCAAAAUAACGUCUCCCGUGCGAAUAGGGCGAAAGUGUGUAAGGGGAGACGGGAAUCCGUUCCCAAUUUCCACCUACUACCUCCAGUCCCCUUACAUGUCUUUCCCCCGCACGAGGCUCGAGACAUCCGCUCCUGGCAUGGCCGGUAAGAGCCGGUUGGGACCCUUGAAAAAAAAAAACACAGAAAACAAGCAAAACAGAAAGAAAAGGGGUUCCAACCAUCUUCAAAGAAUAUAGAGCACCUUGAAAA